CACCGCGGGCGAACGAUGCUCACCGACGGCGGCGGCGGGGGCGGCGGCGGCGGCGGCGGCGGCGGCUCCUUCGAGGAGGACCUGGACUCGGUGACUCCGCGGUCGGGCCCGGCCGGGGCCUCGGAGCCGCCUCCGCCGGGAGGGGUCGGGCUGGGGCUCCGCGCCGUGCGGCUCUUCGGGGAGGCCGCGCCCGCCGCCGCCGCCGCCGCCGCCGCCGCCGCCGCCGCGGGACCGGCUGCAGCCGGAGCGGACGCGGCGCUCGAUUUCAAGCUGGCGGCCGCCGUGCUCAGGACCGGCGGCGGCGGCGGCGGCGGCGGCGGCGGCGGCUCGGGCAGCGACGAGGACGAGGUGUCGGAGGUCGAGUCAUUUAUUUUGGACCAAGAAGAUCUGGACAACCCAGUGCUCAAAACAACCUCAGAGUUGUUCUUAUCGAGCGCCGCCGAAGGAGCGGAUUUACGGACAGUGGAUCCGGAGACGCAAGCGAGGUUGGAAGCAUUGCUAGAAGCAGCAGGAAUCGGCAAGCUGUCCACCGCCGACGGUAAAGCCUUCGCGGACCCCGAGGUGCUCCGGAGGCUGACCUCCUCCGUCAGCUGCGCGCUGGACGAGGCCGCGGCCGCGUUAACCCGGAUGCGAGCGGAGAACAGCCAGAAUGCAGGGCAAGCGGACAAUCGCAGUUUGGCCGAAGCUUGCUCCGAUGGGGAUGUGAAUGCUGUCCGAAAACUGCUGGAUGAAGGGAGGAGCGUAAAUGAACAUACCGAGGAAGGCGAGAGCCUGCUCUGUUUGGCCUGUUCGGCCGGCUACUAUGAAUUGGCACAAGUGUUGCUCGCCAUGCAUGCUAACGUGGAAGAUCGCGGGAAUAAAGGGGACAUAACUCCACUAAUGGCAGCUGCCAGUGGAGGCUACGUAGAUAUUGUCAAACUGUUACUUGUUCACUGUGCAGAUGUCAACGCCCAGUCUUCUACAGGAAACACAGCACUAACCUACGCCUGUGCCGGGGGAUUCGUCGACAUCGUGAAAGAACUCCUGAAAGCGGGCGCUAACAUAGAAGACCAUAACGAGAACGGACACACUCCGUUAAUGGAGGCGGCCAGCGCGGGGCACGUGGAAGUCGCCAGGGUUCUUCUCGAGUACGGUGCAGGCAUCAACACUCAUUCUAACGAAUUUAAAGAAAGUGCACUCACGCUCGCUUGCUAUAAAGGCCACUUAGAUAUGGUGCGUUUUCUGCUUGAAGCUGGUGCUGAUCAGGAGCACAAGACAGAUGAGAUGCAUACGGCGUUAAUGGAGGCGUGCAUGGACGGCCACGUCGAGGUAGCCCGGUUGCUUUUAGAUAGCGGCGCCCAGGUCAAUAUGCCGGCGGACUCGUUCGAGUCCCCGCUGACCUUAGCCGCCUGUGGGGGACACGUGGAACUGGCGGCUCUGCUGAUAGAGAGGGGAGCCAAUCUGGAGGAAGUGAACGACGAAGGCUACACCCCCUUGAUGGAGGCAGCUCGGGAAGGACACGAGGAGAUGGUAGCCCUCCUCCUGGCCCAAGGAGCGAAUAUCAACGCCCAGACAGAAGAAACGCAAGAAACGGCCCUCACCCUCGCCUGCUGCGGCGGGUUCUCCGAAGUGGCCGACUUCCUGAUUAAGGCGGGCGCCGAUAUCGAGCUCGGCUGCUCCACCCCCUUAAUGGAGGCCGCUCAAGAGGGCCACCUCGAGUUGGUUAAAUACCUCCUAGCUGCAGGCGCUAACGUUCACGCCACCACGGCCACGGGGGACACGGCUUUGACGUACGCGUGUGAGAACGGACAUACGGACGUGGCCGACGUUCUGCUCCAAGCGGGGGCCGAUUUAGAGCACGAAUCCGAAGGUGGGAGAACGCCUCUCAUGAAAGCCGCAAGAGCCGGUCAUCUGUGCACCGUUCAGUUUCUCAUUAGUAAAGGUGCCAAUGUGAACAGGGCCACCGCCAACAACGACCACACGGUAGUGUCCCUGGCAUGUGCAGGAGGCCACCUGGCCGUGGUCGAACUCCUGCUGGCCCACGGGGCCGACCCUACACACAGACUCAAGGAUGGCUCGACCAUGCUCAUCGAAGCAGCAAAGGGUGGCCACACGAACGUCGUUUCUUAUUUACUGGAUUACCCAAACAACGUUCUGUCCGUUCCUGCCGCCGACAUGUCCCAGCUCACCCCACCUUCUCAGGAUCAAUCUCAGGUUCCCCGUGUUCCAGUGCAUGCCCUCGCCAUGGUGGUACCUCCCCAGGAACCUGACCGGGCCCCUCAAGAGAACUCCCCUUCACUCUUGGGACUUCAGAAAGGUACAGCCAAGCAGAAGCCAAGUUGCGUGCAGGUAGCAGAACAGAGCCUCCUACCACCUUUUCACCCAUACCAGCCCUUGGAGUGCAUAGUAGAGGAGACUGAAGGCAAACUGAAUGAACUGGGACAGAGAAUUAGUGCCAUUGAGAAAGCCCAGCUGAAGUCCCUGGAGUUGAUUCAGGGAGAGCCACUGAACAAAGAUAAGAUCGAAGAGCUCAAAAAGAACCGCGAAGAGCAGGUCCAGAAGAAGAAGAAGAUCCUGAAGGAGCUGCAGAAAGUGGAGAGGCAGUUGCAGAUGAAAACCCAGCAGCAGUUCACCAAAGAAUACCUGGAGACCAAAGGCCAGGCGGACAGAUCGGCUCCCCGGCAGCCGUCGUGCCCUCGGCGGGGCGGCUCCCCGGAAGGGGACGGAGGCGGCGGCCCCCUCCCCGAGGAUCACGUGGCGGCGGCCCCUCAAGUCGACGCCGCGUCCGCCAAGGACGAGGUCGAGGAAGACGAGGCUGAGGAGCGGCGGUCUGCCCCGCCCGCCGAGCAGAUCGAUUUUGUCCCCAUCCAGCCCCUGCCGCCUCCCCAGUGCAACUUUCCCGGUGACUUAGGUUAUAACGGGACGAAUGCUCUUGAACUCCAGAAAGUAUUAGGGAAUCAGCAGAAUGUAGGACAGCCACAGAUUGCUGGACGUGGGCAGGGGCUCUUAGUUCAAGAACCAGACGGAUUAAUGGUCGCAACCCCAGCACAGACGCUUACCGACACUCUUGAUGACCUGAUAGCAGCUGUGAGUAGCCGAGUGCCCGCCGGGCCCAACAGUUCCUCACACACUACAGAAUCCCCCACACCAGAGCCCUGUUCGCAGACUCCGGCCACCGCCGCGUCCCAGUCCGUCCUCCCCAUGUACCCUUCCGUCGACAUCGAUGCCCACACGGAGAGUAACCACGACACGGCCCUGACCCUCGCCUGUGCGGGCGGCCACGAGGAACUGGUGUCGGUCCUGAUUGCACGCGAAGCCAAGAUCGAGCACAGAGACAAGAAGGGUUUCACGCCCCUGAUCCUGGCCGCCACCGCGGGCCACGUCGGCGUAGUGGAAAUCCUCUUAGACAAAGGCGGAGACAUAGAAGCACAAUCGGAACGAACCAAGGACACGCCGCUUUCGCUUGCGUGCUCCGGCGGGCGUCAAGAGGUGGUGGACCUGCUGCUGGCCCGAGGGGCCAACAAAGAGCACAGGAACGUCUCGGACUACACCCCGCUGAGCCUGGCGGCGUCCGGGGGAUACGUUAACAUCAUCAAGAUUCUGCUCAACGCCGGAGCCGAAAUUAAUUCGAGGACCGGGAGUAAACUGGGCAUCUCUCCUCUGAUGUUGGCCGCGAUGAACGGCCACGUCCCCGCCGUGAAACUGCUGCUCGACAUGGGUUCCGACAUCAACGCCCAGAUCGAAACCAAUCGGAACACGGCCCUCACCCUGGCCUGUUUCCAGGGCCGGGCGGAGGUGGUGAGUUUGCUUUUGGACAGAAAGGCAAACGUCGAACAUCGAGCCAAGACCGGCCUCACCCCUCUGAUGGAAGCCGCCUCCGGAGGGUACGCCGAAGUGGGCAGAGUCCUCCUCGACAAAGGAGCGGACGUCAACGCUCCUCCCGUGCCUUCGUCCAGGGACACGGCUCUCACCAUCGCAGCCGACAAAGGCCACUACAAAUUUUGUGAGCUCCUGAUCAACAGGGGAGCCCACAUCGACGUCCGAAACAAGAAGGGAAACACACCACUGUGGUUGGCGGCCAACGGAGGCCACUUUGACGUCGUCCAGUUGCUGGUGCAGGCGGGCGCCGACGUGGAUGCCGCAGACAACCGCAAGAUCACCCCCCUCAUGUCGGCGUUUCGCAAGGGCCACGUGAAAGUCGUUCAGUAUCUGGUGAAGGAAGUGAACCAGUUUCCCUCUGACAUUGAGUGCAUGAGAUAUAUAGCAACCAUCACGGAUAAGGAACUAUUGAAAAAAUGCCACCAGUGUGUCGAGACAAUCGUGAAGGCCAAGGACCAGCAGGCCGCCGAAGCAAAUAAGAACGCGAGCAUCUUACUGAAGGAGCUUGACCUUGAGAAGUCAAGAGAGGAAAGCCGAAAGCAGGCCCUGGCGGCCAAGAGAGAGAAGAGGAAGGAGAAGAGAAAAAAGAAAAAGGAAGAACAGAAAAGAAAGCAGGAAGAAGACGAGGAGAACAAGCCCAAGGAGAACUUGGAGCUCCCGGAGGAUGACGACGAAGAGGAAAAUGACGACGAAGUGGAGCCGGAAGUCCCCAUCGAGCCUCCCAGCGCGACCACGACCACCACGAUCGGCAUCUCGGCCACGUCGACCACCUUCACCAACGUGUUCGGGAAGAAGCGGGCCAACGUGGUGACGACCCCCAGCACCAACCGGAAGAACAAGAAGAACAAGACGAAGGACACGCCUCAGAACGUGCAGCUCAUCCUGCCCGACCAGCACAUAUCCCUCGCCCAGCAAAAGGCGGACAAGAACAAGAUCACGGGGGAGCCGCGCGGCGGGGCCGGCGGGAACAGCGACUCCGACAACCUGGACAGCACGGACUGCAACAGCGAGAGCAGCAGCAGCGGCGGCAAGAGCCAGGAGCUGAACUUCACCAUGGACGUCAACUCGUCCGGCGAGCGCAGAUACGCGUCCCUGCUCCUCCACUCCCACGAAGAGAAGCCCGGCGCCAACGCUGCCACGGCCAAAGCUCCGACCAGGCUCGAGAGCGAAGCCAACCCCGGCUCCCUGUCGACAAACUACAAGUCGGUCUCGCUGCCACUGAGCUCUCCAAACCUCAAGCUAAAUCUCACCAGCCCUAAAAGGGGGCAGAAGCGAGAAGAAGGUUGGAAAGAGGUCGUGCGAAGGUCGAAGAAGCUGUCCGUCCCCGCCUCGGUCGUGUCGAGGAUAAUGGGACGAGGUGGCUGUAACAUCACUGCCAUUCAGGAUGUCACCGGGGCCCACAUCGACGUGGAUAAGCAGAAGGAUAAGAACGGCGAGAGGAUGAUCACCAUAAGGGGCGGCACCGAGUCGACCAGGUAUGCCGUGCAGCUCAUCAACGCCCUCAUCCAAGACCCCGCCAAGGAGCUGGAAGACCUCAUCCCGAAAAACCACAUCCGCGCCCCGGCCGGCACCAAGUCGAUCCACGCCAACUUCCCGUCGGGCGUCGGCCCCCCGGCCCCGGCCUCCAGCAAGCCGGCCUUCCCGCUGGGCGCCCCGCCCCUGGUGACCUCCCAGGCCCCGACGCUCUCCACCUUCCAGCCUCCCAGCAAACUGAACAAGAACGUCCCGGCGAACGUGCGUUCGUCCUUCCCGGUGUCUCUGCCUCUCGCUUACUCCCACCCUCACUUCGCCCUGCUGGCGGCCCAAACUAUGCAACAGAUCCGGCACCCCCGCUUGCCCAUGGCCCAGUUCGGCGGCACCUUCUCGCCCUCCCCGAACACGUGGGGCCCGUUCCCCGUGAGACCGGUGAACCCCGGCAGCGCCAACGGCUCGCCGAAGCACACCGGCGCGGGGGCCCGCCUGCCCGGCCAGACCAACGGGAGCGUCCUGCCGCCGGAGGCCCCCGGGCCGGCCCCGCCCGGCUGCCCCGCCCCCGGGCCCCCGGCGGCCACCGUCGCCGCCUCCUCGUCCUCCUCCUCCUCGACCUCGUCCCAGCCGCCGGGCGGGACGAGCAGCCGGACCCCCUCGUCCGUCCGCAAGCAGCUGUUCGCCUGCGUCCCGAAGACCAGCGCCGGGGCUCCGGUCGCCCCCACGGCGACCAGCGCCUGCGGUGCCCCGCCUCCGGCCGCCUCCGCCCCCGCCGCCGGCGGGCAGGUCCUGACGGCCUUCCUGCCCCCCAGCGCGCCCCAGCCCCCGCUCUCCGGACACAAGACGGACUCUUUCCCGGCCGGCCCGGCGCCCAAGGAGAAGGCGGCCCCGCCCGAGCCGGCCCCGGCCGCCGGCAACCCGGGGCCCCCGGAGGGCCGGCCGGCCGGCAGCCCCGCCCCGCCCGGCGCCCCGCAGGAGGAGGCCCUGCCGGCCGGCCUGGCGGAGCCCGGCCCCGGCCCGCUGGCCUUCGCCUCCCACCCCCAGCCCACCCCGCUCAGCCUGCCCUCGCCCCGCCCCGGGCCCGCCGAGCCUCAGGAGGCCCCCGGCCUGGCCCAGCUGGCCGUGCCGGCCCCGCGCGUCUCGCACCGGAUGCAGCCCCGGGGCUCUUUUUACUCCGUGGUCCCCCAGGACCCGCAGUCCAUCUUCGUCACCAACCCGGUCCCCCUGACGCCCCCGCAGGGCCCGCCCGCGGCCGUCCAGCUCUCCUCGGCCGUGAACCUGAUGAGCGGCUCCCAGGUGCACCUCAACGCGGCCAGCAAGCCCCUGCCGCCCACCUUUGGCCCGGCCUCCCUCUUCAAUCACUUUAGCAGCCUCUUCGAGAGCAGCCAGGUGCCCGCCAACCAGGGCUGGGGCGACUGCCCGCUGGCCUCGCGCCCGCCGGCCGACCCGUCCUUCGCCGUGCAGUCGACCUUCCUGGGCGGCUCCGUGCUCGGACACUUGGAGAGCGUGCACCCCGACAGCUCCAAGGCCCCCGGCUUCCGGCCGCCUUCCCAGCGCGUCUCCACCAGCCCGGUCGGGUUGCCCUCCAUCGACCCGUCCGGAAGCUCGCCGUCUUCCUCUUCGGCUCCCCUGACCAGUUUUUCCAACCUUCAAGGCACCCGGGUCUUUCUCCAAGGGCCCGCGCCGAUUGGGACUCCCAGCUUCAACAGGCAGCAUUUUUCGCCCCACCCCUGGACGAGCGCUUCAAACUCAUCUGCCUCCGCGCCACCCACCCUGGGCCAGCCCAAGACCGGCAGCGCCAGCCAGGACCGGAAGGUCCCCCCUCCCAUCGGGACGGAGCGGCUCGCCCGGAUCCGCCAGGGAGGCUCCGUGACCCCCACCCCUCUGGGAACCAACUUCACGGCUCCGGUCGGACACAGCGGCAUCUGGUCGUUCGGCGUCAACAGCGUGUCGGAAGGCCUGUCGGGUUGGUCCCAGCCCAUGAUGGGCAAUCACCCGAUGCAUCAGCAGCUCUCGGACCCGGGCACCUUCUCCCAGCACCAGCCGAUGGAAAGAGACGACUCGGGCAUGGUGGCUCCAUCCAACAUCUUUCAUCAGCCCAUGGCCAGCAGCUUUGUGGAUUUCUCUAAAGGCCUGCCCAUCUCCAUGUACGGCGGCACCAUCAUCCCCUCGCACCCUCAGCUGGCCGACGGACCGGGCGGCCCCCUGUUCAACGGACUGCAUAAUCCCGACCCCGCCUGGAACCCCAUGAUCAAGGUGGUCCAGAACUCCACCGAAUGUACCGACGCCCAGCAGAUUUGGCCCGGCACGUGGGCGCCUCACAUCGGAAACAUGCAUCUCAAAUAUGUCAACUGAGUUUAGAAGGUCUUUCCUCUUUAGCCUUGCUCGGGAAGCCUAUGACCUUGGAAGAACCCUGGGGAUUUUUUUAAAUGUGCCUAACUAAGCAAUUUUCUGUGUGGGCUUUAACAAUGGAAACCCGAUCGCCCAUUGUGUAAGAACAAAUUGAUUUACCUAUCCAACUGAUUCUGUUCUCCGGUUAGUUUAGCCAUCUCGAACCUAAAAUCAGAUGAACUUAGUGCUUCUGGCUAAACAGUACUGAAUGCUACUUGUAUGCAGAAGAGAACUAGAUGAUUACAUGAUUUCACAACCUUUUAGGGUGGUAAAGACAUGUAUAAUUGUUUACAUACUUAAAAGGAAAAAGUUGAGUAAAUUUCAUGUCGUAUAGUGGCUCCACUUUAUGUAGCCUGUAUUAAUGUGAAAUAUUUACCUGAAUAUUCAAUAAAAAGACGAACAGUAUCGA